UGUCCAGUACCUAGGAGUCCAGAAAGCUCUGAAGACAAGCAGGAGUUGGAGCCUAAGUUGGAGAGAGAGGGAGGAGAAGCCUACCACAGCCAGGAGGUGAGGACAAGCAGGAGGUCUCCGGUGUAAACUCAGAAGUCUGCCCUCGGUUCUCACCGAGCCACUCUGAGCAUGGAGCUAUCCACCCGGGAGCUGUGUCUCAACUUCACCAUUGUCCUGAUUACGGUUCUCCUUAUGUGGCUCCUUGUGAGGUCAUAUCAGUACUGAGACGGCAUGCCAUACUCCUGGGAUUGAUUGCAACGCUCCAGAGCUGCCUGUUGUAUGCCCUGAGAUCCCACUGCUGUCAUGGGAUGCCUCUCUUGGCACCCCGAGGCACUCAUAACCUGCAGUCACAAUAUCUGAGGUGCCUCCAUUGUUAGGAUUGAUUGUAUGUUCUCUAAAGAUGCUGCUCUCAAGAGCUGCCAAGUGUUUGCCAGUGAGCAUUAGAUUUAUUCCCCAACUCUUAUGGCAAAUGUGUUAGACAAGCCACAAGGUUAAAAUAAAACUGGAUUCGUGAUAAUGUAGAACUAUAACAAGCCCCUGAUCUGUCUCAUCACACGACCCUUCAACUUGCACUGUCUGCAACCAAAACUCUAAAUCAUCCUGCCAGAAGAAAGAAAUGUUAGAGGAAGUCUUUGUCAGUCCUCACAGCUAUCAUGUGAAUAAAGUUAAGUC